AUGGACCACCAAGAGAUCUCACCAGCCAUAUUGUACUGGGGCACGCCAGUUGUCCUGGUCUCAAGUACCAACCCAGAUGGCACCACGAACAUCGGCCCAAUGUCCUCGGCAUUCUGGCUCGGUCGUGGUUGCAUGCUCGGUCUGGACGCAUCCUCCCAGACGACGCAGAACAUCCUCCGCACGAAACAAUGCGUUCUCAACCUGGCGUCGGACGACAUGGCCGAUGCCGUCAACGCGCUGGCUCGAACCACUGGCACAGAUCCGGUCCCCGAAGGCAAAGUGCCUCGCGGAUACCAAUUCGUCAAGGACAAGUUCGGGCACGCUGGCCUGACACCUCAUCCGUCCCGUGUCGUGCCAUGUCCGGGGAUCAAAGAGUGCCCUGUCAUCAUGGAGGCCGAGCUGGUGGCGUCGCACGAAAUGUUCCCAGGCAGGGCUAUCGAAGGGCUGAUACUUGCCAUCGAGGUUAGGAUUCUACGGGUCAGCAUUCAUGACCAUCUGAGAUUGGAGGGUUCUCGGAACCGCGUGGAUGCCGACAGGUGGAAGCCCAUGAUCAUGAUGUUCUGUGACCUUUAUGGUCUGAGACCUGGCAAGCUCGAGCACUCGAGGCUGGCGGAGGUGGAAGAGGAGUUGUACAGGCCAUUCACGGAGACGACUGUUGAGGUCGAUGAUGCUGCCGAGCAUGUCAUUGGGUUGGUCGCUUCGAACAGCCAGUAG